UUGGUCAGUCGCGCGAUUGACAUCGACACCAAACACUAGCAGCAAGCGCCAUGCAACGUCACGCAGCGCACACGUCCUUCUAUCUCUGCCUGUUGUCCAGCUGCUUGGUUCUUACGGUCAACGCGGUGCCCGUCCCGAACACAGGGAAACCAUCCACUCAGACGGCUGGCGAAGAAAGUUCCAGUUUCGGCAUCCCGUAUGAAUUUCCUGAUGAUUAUUCAAUCAGUCUGGAGGAAGCACUUGCCACCCGGAAGGAGUUUGCCAGUGCGGCAAUUCUGAAGAUGGUCACGGACAUCAUGAACGAGGUUGCACAAGGCAAGCGAGUACGAGAAGAGAUGAUGGAGGCAAUAGAAGAUCUGCAGGGCAGGCUGAAAGGUCAACACGAACAAGACGUGAUCCAGAUUCCGCUGGAUACGACGGGCCAACAUGUACGUGACGACAGCAGGCGAUCAGAGUCCAAAGAGAAGAGACCCAAGUCCUGCAGAGAUCUACAAAAGGCUGGCCAUUCACUCAGUGGAUUUUACCUCGUCAGAGGAAAGGCUCAGCAACGAGUGGACGUUGUCUUUUGCCCGUUUAGCAACGACACCGAGAACGAUAAUUCGUUAGUCGUUGAAGAAGCCAUUGAAUUUGUUGCAGCCUAGGAUAUCAUGCAUACACACACACAAAAGAGGCAAAUCUCCCAUAUACAUAUAUAAAUAUAUCUAAAGCAAAUUUAUUUUGACAUGCAUUGUUAUUAUUAAUUGGAUGGUGACGCGCUGACGUUUUAAACCCACUUAGUUUGCAUACCGACUGUUGUUCGGAGCUGGAUCGUACAUGUAUUUUGUGGCUCGUAUAAGAAGAUUCGCAUUAGUAUUCAGUCAUUAUUUUGAAAAAAAAUACCGUUUCUUGUUCUGUUUUUAUUUGUUUCUCAACUGAAUACAAACUAUUUGACGUUGUUAAA